AGGAAUAUUUUAAUCAACGGAUUCAGCGACCAAUUAAUUUUACCGGCCAGCGACCAGCACGACAGCGUCCUCUGCGCUUUGGUCACCGACAUCGACUUCGACGGCGCCCCCGAAAUCCUCCUGGGCACCUACGGGCAGGAAUUACUUUGUUACAAACACGUCCCCGGUGAAUUCCGGCUCCUGUGGACGCGGCGUUUCCCCAGCCCGUUGCUCUCCAUGCUUUACGCCGAUCUCACCGCCGACGGCCUCCGCGAACUCGCCGUCGUCUGUCUCAAAGGGCUUCACGUUCUCCAG